AUGGAGCUUGGAGUAGUGAUAUUUGGACUGUUGGUUGCACUUUUUCAAGUUAAUUUUGCACAAGGACGUAUAUCUGGAAAUAUUCUACAAAUUCUCCAGCGAACAACAGGAUUUUCAAAGUUUGCACAGCUGGUGACCCGGGCACAACUAACAAGGUUCUAUGAAUCUCCGACCACUAUGACCGUGUUUGCAUUUAACGACACAGCUUAUAAUCAGCUACGGUACAGAGAACGGAAUAUAAUAGACAGCUAUACGGAAACAGAGCUCAAAGAUUACCUCAAAUUCUGUACAAUCCCAGAAAAACGUGUUACAACCACUUCUAUCCAGGAUUACCAGUACGUCAGAAACGUCAAUCGUGGCUUCCUCUUUUUCAAUCGUGUCCAGAGAACAGACACAACCUCAGCAGGCACAUUUGGACCAAUCAAGUAUUACGUCAAUGGCAUUGAGAUAUCAGAGGGAACAACCCGCGACAUAUCAGCCACCAAUGGAGUUGUUCAUGGUCUAAAUGGGGUCAUGCGGAAAACAAGUCAAAAAACAACCUAUGGGUGGAUCGAAAAUCCAAAUGAUGCUACACAGAGAUUUAGAUUCUUAGAUUUGAUGAGCUACCUAUAUGUGGUGGACAACAUUAAUGAUCUUUCAUCACCAGCCAGGAUCACCACCUUGUUUGUUCCCAAUGACAGUGCAAUGCAAAAGAUACCUAUCACCCAGUUGGACAGACUGAAGAAAGAUCCCUUACAAAUAGAACGGAUUCUUAAAGCUCAUUAUAUUCCUAAUAGAGCUAUUUUUACCAACUGCAUUUCUCAUAAUGAAGAAUUUACCAAUGCAAGAGGUCAACCAUUGACCUUUAGGAAGUCGUCAGAUAACAAUGUGUAUGUUAACAGCGACGGUGUGAGUGCAGCCAUUAUUGAAGGAAAUAUAACGGUGACCAACGGAGUGGUGCACGUGGUCGAUCAGCUGUUGGGAUUCGUGUACAAUAACGUUCGUGAACAAAUUCUACAAGAGGGAACGAAAUUUGACCAGCUGAUAAAUCUAGGCACGGAGAUCACAAGGCUUACCCUGGCGAAGCCCUCGGGGGUAACUGUUUUCGUGCCUCUUGACAGUGCCUUCCAGAAAAUCGCUAACAUACCCUGGGUCAACUUAAACAGUAACCAGAUACUAAUAAAUACGGUGCUUUGGCUGCAUGUUCUAGUACCCAACAACCCAAUUAUUAUCUCCUCCUUGCCAGCAUUAAGCAGAUAUGAGAGUCGUCAAUACAGACGAACCAUUUAUAAUGGCGAGAGUGUCACCAUUUAUAAUGAAAGAAAUGAAAUCUGGGUACAGGGAGGUAAUGUGAAGGCUCGCGUGAUCCGACCGGAUAUAAAGACUGUUAACGGCAUGAUCCACAUCAUUGAUUCCGUUCUAGGAAUCCCCUACCUGGAUCUCCCCAUGCUGAUCUGUCAUGACAUUUGGCUACUGCGUACAUACGACUAUAUGAGAAGAGUGGGACUAAAAAAUUACCUGACGGACAGCAGAUUCACGGCAGAAAAGUGCAAUUUUGAGAUAUAUGGCUACCCUCCAAAUUACGGAUCAGCCUGUCAGACAAAUACUGGUUCCACCACAUGUCCCACUUAUUGUGCCCAGGCGAAUUACCAGAACCAAUACCCAUGUAAUACAUCCAUAUGUGCCAAUACCAACAUUGGAGGGAGAACAACCUGUCCAACAUAUUGUUCACAGUCCCAGUAUGCUAAUCAGUAUCCGUGUAACUCGGCCAUUUGUAUGACUGGGGGGUCUAACUGCCCCGCCUACUGUUCGCAGCCCCAGUACGCAAAAUCCCAGCAAUGCAUAACUUGUAAUGGUGGCUCAACAGCCCACUGCCAGAAUGUGAGCUACUGCAGCGACCCAAGCAAUGCUAACAAAAGUCCGUGCAACACGUAUCCGUGUAACAUGCUGAAUGGCAUGAAUACAGGAUCACAGAGUUCCUCCGACUACGACAUGGGGUACUGCGGAUCGACCAGCGUGGCGUGUGAAUUCACAGUCUUUGUUCCUAAUUCCAGUGCUAUAGACUACUUUUCAGUGUCACUUAAUGGAAACAGAGUCAUGAGAGACACGCCAAGAUUUCAAUAUCUGUUUAAGAGACUUAUUGUUCCAGGGCGUAUUUUCUUAGAGAAGCUGGGGAAUGGAACCCAUGAGAUAAGAAUGAUUUCUGGAGAGACUGUUAGUCUCGUUAAAUCAAACCAAAGAGAUGUGAGGAUAUUCUUUGGAGGAGCAUCAGCGAAAGUUAUCCACAUGGAUGAAGGGGCAACAAAUGGGGUCAUGCAUAUCAUUGACCAGUUGUUAUUUGUUCAGGAAGAUCUUACAAGAAACAUCACAUCGUCGAGUAAUCUUGAGAAAUUGCAAGAGAUUCUGGGAUAAUAUUAUUAAAUCAUGAAAACAAAAGGAUACUCAGUAUAUGGAAUGUCAGAUAAAAAUUUACUAAUUUUUUGAGGAUUAUUUAAAUUAAAAUUUGUGUCCCUAAAACAAAUUAAAUUAAGAUAAGAAGCUAUUACUUUU